AUGACGCCCGCCGGCCUGCUGCUGGCGCUCAUGCUAGGGGUUCUCCGCGAGGCCACCAGCGUGGAUCCGCUGCGUGGAUACCCGCUCCGCCCCCGCCACCCGCCCCCGGGGCGCCAGCACGCGUUCUCCAGCACCGUGGCUCAGCGGAGACCUGGGACGCCCGCGCCGUCCCCGCGCUCCCCGCCUGCUGCCCGGGCUCCGCGCCUUCCCGGGGUCUGCCCCGCGGGCGCGCCGUGGGUCAACGAGACGGCCCGGGGCGCCCCGUGUCUGCGCUGGGCGGAGGUGCCCGCCCUCCUGGAGCGGUCGCCCCCGGAGGGCUGGGCGCCGCUGCGAGGGCAGCGCCACAACUUCUGCCGCAGCCCCGACGGUGCGGGCGCUCCCUGGUGCUUCUACCGCAGCGCCCCGGGCAAGGCGGACUGGGGCUACUGCGGCUGCUGGCACGGGUCUGUUCGACUUCAUGGUGGCAAGAAUGAGUCUGAAGGCACUGUGGAAGUCCACUGGGGCGCCAUAUGCAGCAGCCACUGGGGCGACCCUGAUGCGUCCGUCAUCUGUUGCCAGCUGCAGUUGGGAGGAAAGGGAGUAGCAAGGCACACCCCGGUCUCGGGACUGCGCCACAUUCCCAUUCACUGGCGCAGUGUCCACUGUCGCGGAGACGAAGAGAGCAUACUGCUCUGCGAAAAGGAGGCCCGGAGGGGUGGGGCGUGUCCCCAGGAGACAGCCUCCGUCUCCUGCUUCGCAUCCCAUGGCCCAGAGCCGCUGGCCAUCCGCCUGGCUGGUGGCCGCAGCCCCCGUGAAGGGCAAGUGGAGCUCUACCGUGCUGGUCGGUGGGGCACCAUCUGUGAUGACCAGUGGGACGAUGCAGAUGCAGCAGUGGUCUGCAGGCAGCUAGGUCUCAGCGGCAUUGCUAAGGCAUGGACUCAGGCAUAUUUUGGGGAAGGAUCUGGCCCCAUAAUGUUGGAUGAAGUGCACUGCACUGGGAAUGAGCUCUCCAUUGAGCAGUGUCCCAAGAGUUCCUGGGGAGAUCAUAACUGUGGCCACAGAGAAGACGCUGGAGUGUCCUGUGCACCUCUGACAGACGGCCGCAGACUUGCCGGCGGGCCAGGCAGCCGCGAGGGCCCUGAGGUGCACCACCCCGGGCGGUGGGGAAGCGUCUGCGACCAUGGCGAGCCGCUCGACACCCGCGUGGCCUGCCACUAGCUGAGACUCAGGCAUGGCAGACAAGCCCCUGCAAACCACUGUGAAGCCAGCACAGGGCCCGUGUGGCUGGACGACGUCCGAUGCUCGGGAAGGGAGGCCAGCUUCCUCCGUGCUCCAGGGGCCCGGGGCCGGCAUGACUGCAGCCAUGGGGAGGACGUGGGCCUCCCCUGCUGCCCGGGCAGCGAGGGGCAUGCCUGCAUCUGG